AUGGUGCCGCAGCUGGGCGUGCUCACGCCGGCCGCGUCCGUGCUCCCGCUGGCGUUCGUGCUCGGGGUGACGGCGGUGAAGGACGCGUACGAGGACUGGAGGCGGCACCGGUCCUACAAGAACGAGAACAACCGCACCGCGUCGGUGCUGGUGGGCGGCGUGUUCGUGCCCAAGCGUUGGAAGGAGGUGCAGGCGUGGGGGAGCGACCCCACCGGCGUCGCCUACGUGCAGACCAUCAACCUCGACGGCGAGUCCAACCUCAAGACGCGGUACGCCAAGCAGGAGACGAUGCCCACGCCGGCCGAGACGCUCGCGGGGGUCAUCAAGUGCGAGAGGCCCAACCGCAACCUCUACGGCUUCCUCGCCACGGUCGACCUCGACGGCCGCCGCGCCGUCUCGCUCGGCCCCUCCAACAUCUUGCUCCGCGGGUGCGAGCUCAAGAACACGGCCUGGGCCAUCGGCGUGGCCGUCUACACCGGCCGGGACACCAAGGUGAUGAUACCCAUCGCGCUGUACAUCUCCAUGGAGAUCGUCAGGGUCGGGCAGGCUUUCUUCAUGGUGCAGGACAAGAACGUGUUCGACGACAAGCGGCAGGCCAAGUUCCAGUGCCGCGCGCUCAACAUCAACGAGGACCUGUUAGCGUGUUUAAGUUAG